AGAAGAAGAAAAAGUAGAGCUACUUAACCAAAAAAAAACAGAGCAACUCUGAGUGUUUGAAACUUUUUACACUCUUUUCAAAAGUUUAAAGUGAGAAAAGAAGAAAAAAGCUUUAACCUUUUAGAUGGGUUGUUGUAAAGAGGAAGAACCAAAAUGGUUGUGGGUUAAUGGACCUAUAAUAGUAGGUGCAGGUCCUUCUGGUUUAGCAGUAUCAGCUUGUCUUAAAGAAAAUGGAGUCCCUUCACUCAUUCUUGAGAGAAGUGAUUGUAUUGCUUCUUUAUGGCAACAUAAAACUUAUGAUCGCUUAAAACUUCAUCUUCCUAAACAAUUCUGUCAACUCCCGUUGUUUGAUUUCCCAGAAAAUUUCCCAAAAUACCCCACAAAACACCAGUUCAUUUCUUACCUUGAGUCUUAUGCCAAACACUUUUCUAUCACCCCCAAGUUCAAACAGAGUGUUAAAGUUGCAGAAUUUGAUGGAGUCUGUGGGUUUUGGAAAGUACAAACUCAAGAUUUUCAGUAUUUGUCGAAAUGGUUGAUUGUUGCAACAGGGGAAAAUGCAGAGGCAGUUAUACCAGAAAUUCCAGGGAUUGAUAAGUUUAAAGGAAGAGUAAUGCAUACAAGUGUUUAUAAAUCUGGUACUGAGUUUAUUAAUCAAAGGGUUUUGGUAAUUGGUUGUGGAAAUUCUGGUAUGGAAGUUAGCUUAGACCUCUGUAGACAUAACGCCAUUCCUCAUAUGGUGGUCAGAAAUUCUGUGCAUAUUUUACCUAGGGAAAUGUUAGGAAUAUCAACAUUUUCAAUAGCUAUGGCCCUUCUAAAAUGGAUGCCUUUAAGAAUAGUUGAUAAGUUGUUAUUACUAGUUGCUAACUUAACCUUAGGUAGCACUGAUAAAUUAGGUCUCCGGCGACCGAAAACCGGCCCGCUUGAACUUAAAAAUGCCACCGGAAAAACACCGGUACUCGACGUUGGAGCAUUAUCACAAAUAAAAACCGGAAAAAUUCAGAUAAUGCCAGGUGUGAAGGAAAUUACUAAAAUAGGAGCAAAAUUUUUAGAUGGCAAAGAAGGAGAAUUUGAUUCAAUAAUCUUAGCAACAGGAUACAAAAGCAAUGUGCCUUCUUGGUUUAAGGGAAGUGAUUUCUUCACAGAGCAAGGGAUGCCAAAAACACCAUUUCCAAAUGGUUGGAAAGGGGAAAAUGGAUUAUAUACAGUGGGAUUUACAAGAAGAGGAAUAUUAGGGACUGCAAAUGAUGCAAAAAACAUUGCCAGGGACAUAAGUGAACAAUGGAGAGAAUUCAAGGGCUUCUGUAAAAACUUUUGUACUACGAAAAAUCUAUCAGAUAACCAAGGCAUAUGUUUUUAGCCUUUUUAGUUACAGAGUUAGAUGAUAGUUAAAUUUUCCAAAAAAGGGUCUCAAGUUUUGGAAAAAGUAGUUAGAGGGUUCAUAAAAUGUAAUUUUAGUUCUUCAAUAUUUUCAACAAGAGGAAAGUUCAUCCUUCUAUCUUGUCGUUUUUCCUAUUCUCUUUGUAAAUUAAUCAAAUUUUUUCUAUGUAAUUUUCUGAUUUUUUAAAAAUAUUUUUUUACAUAAUACCUUUUCAUUUUUCAAAUUGAUCAAAAUAUUGGUGGCUCUGCUACUACAAUUGUUCAAUGUUA